AUGGUGAUUGCUGCAGCUGUAAUUGUGCCUUUAGGCUUAUUGUUCUUCAUAUCGGGUCUCGUUGUAAAUCUGGUUCAGGCACUUUGCUAUGUCCUUAUUCGACCUCUGUCUAAGAGCACAUACAGAAAAAUCAACCGUGUGGUUGCAGAAACCUUGUGGUUGGAGCUUGUCUGGAUCGUAGACUGGUGGGCAGGAGUAAAGAUCCAAGUCUUUGCUGAUAAUGAGACUUUCAAUCGAAUGGGCAAGGAACAUGCUCUUGUCGUUUGUAAUCACCGAAGUGAUAUUGAUUGGCUUGUGGGAUGGAUUCUGGCUCAGAGGUCAGGUUGCCUGGGAAGCGCAUUAGCUGUAAUGAAGAAGUCUUCCAAAUUUCUUCCAGUCAUAGGCUGGUCAAUGUGGUUCUCGGAGUAUCUGUUUCUGGAAAGAAAUUGGGCCAAAGAUGAAAGCACUUUAAAGUCAGGACUUCAGCGCUUGAAUGACUUCCCUCGACCUUUCUGGUUAGCCCUUUUUGUGGAGGGAACCCGCUUCACAGAGGCCAAACUUAAAGCAGCACAAGAAUACGCAGCCUCAUCUGGGUUGCCUGUCCCUCGAAAUGUGUUGAUUCCUCGCACCAAAGGUUUUGUGUCAGCUGUUAGUAAUAUGCGUUCUUUUGUCCCAGCCAUUUACGAUAUGACUGUUGCUAUUCCAAAAACUUCUCCCCCGCCCACGAUACUGAGACUAUUCAAAGGACAACCUUCAGUGGUGCAUGUUCACAUCAAGUGUCACUCAAUGAAAGACUUGCCUGAAUCAGAAGAAGAAAUUGCACAGUGGUGCAGAGAUCAAUUUGUGGCUAAGGAUGCGCUGUUAGACAAACACAUAGCUGCAGACACUUUCCCCGGUCAGCAAGAACAGAACAUUGGCCGGCCCAUAAAGUCCCUCGCGGUGGUUCUAUCAUGGGCAUGCUUACUAACUCUUGGAGCAAUGAAGUUCCUACACUGGGCACAACUCUUUUCCUCAUGGAAAGGCAUAGCGCUCUCUGCUCUUGGUCUAGGUAUCGUCACUCUCUGUAUGCAGAUCCUGAUCCGCUCCUCUCAGUCAGAGCGUUCGACCCCAGCUAAAGUCGUUCCAGCCAAGCCAAAGGAUCAUCACCACUCAGAAUCAUCUUCUCAAACAGAAUCGGAGAAGCAGAAGUAA